GAAGCAACAGAAUGGAGCUCACAUACACACCUCACAAUAUAUUCUCUAAUAAUGGAAGUCAAUUUGAAUACAAAAAGGAGAAGUAACAAAGGUUAAGUCAGGCCGGUGAAUCGAGCUGAAGAUAUAACUGAGUUGUAGAUUGACAGCUCGUUUGGUAGCAAAAAAAUUGGUUGAUUUGGCUGAAAUUUAUGAAGUUCUGGCUGAAUUGGCCGAUUCUGCUGAUUUAAGGGGAAACAUAUUAAAAUAUAUUUUAUUAAUAAAAUAAAGAAAAAAUAUAUACAAAUAGCCAAAAUGGUCAUCUAUAGUAACUUCAACCAAUCCAGCCACAAAAAUAACUUCAACCUUACUUUUUCUGCUUAUUACACAACUCAGCGCGCAAAAGUAAAAGUUGCGUGUUUGGUGAAAAAGUUGGUUGAUAAGUCUCAUAAGCCGAAAAACAUGUUGUCAAACGGCCUCUCGGUGUUAGCCAAAAUAAUGACACAAUUAUUACCUAUCACCUUUCAUUAGACCAAAAUAUGACUGAAAUGGUCUUAGACAAAAAACUGAUCCGGAUUUCACGUUUCCAUUUUUUUCUUCUGCACCUUUUUCUUCUGCGCUCUAAGACCGAAGAAGCUCCACCAUGCUCAUCGCCGAAGACCAUCCACCACGUUUCCGCCGCCACAAGCAACCAUCUCCCCAGGCCAUCUCCAUCGCAGAGAGCUUCUCGGCAAUAAACUAACUUCGCCGGCAGACCUGCCUUGCGGCAAUGAAGAAGUCGAUCCGUCUCUCAUUGCACCAGUUCGUCUUUCUUCUUCGCAUCUGCUCUAUCGUAGUCGGCAUCAUCGUCCAUGAUUACUAGAUUUUCAAAUUGUAAAAUUGAACUCCCAAAUCACCACAAAACCCUAUAUCUGAAGUUGGGGGCAUAGUGUGAUGUUGGGGCAGGGUGCAAUGUUGGGGCAAAAUUGAGUUGAAAGGGAUUGAGGCUGAGGGUCUGAGGUGGCGCUGGCGGCGACCGGCAAGGCAUGGGAAAGGCUAGUAGGCCUAGGGACGGUGCUAGGACUUCAGGGAGAGGGGCGGGGCUGGAAAGGUAGGGCAAGUGGGACAAGGGUAAAACAGAGGUUGUGCAGGCAGUGACCGGGGGUGGUGACAGGGGCGGCAGCGUAGUGAGUCGCCGGAAAAGGCCGCCGGAAAAUUUUUCGGCGGUCAUAAUGACAUGUUUCACGGCUUCGGGUGUCACUGUGGCAGCAUCACUGUAGCGGCGUCACUAUGGUCGGCCGGUGACCAGCGGCGGCGACAAUGGCAUGAGCAAUACCGAGUGACACGCGACAGUGACAUGAAAAUGACAGCGUCACUAUAACGGUGUCACUAUGGCAGUGAUGGUGGCGGUGUAAUUGGCGUGAAAAAAAUUAGACGGUGCCGACUCUUAGUUAAAAAAACGAACACAGUGACAUGAAGUUUUUACAGUGACAUCAUGUUUUCUAAAUCCAUAUAUAUGACCUUCUUGAUCACUUUUUUGCCCCUUUUUAAAAGUGAUCACUUUUUUGGUAAUUGGUUCAAAAUUAGUAAUAUUCAAGUAGAAUCCCCUUUAAUCAGCAGGCAGGUACUUUACUGAAACAUUUAGUCAUGUUGUUAAACUCACUACUGUUCGUCUUGUCCUUACCUUAGCCGUGUCUUUUGAUUGGCCCAUUCGCCAACUUGAUGUUCAAAAUGCUUUUCUUCAUGGUAAUUUGACCGAGGAAGUAUAUAUGCGUCAGCCUCCAGGUUUUGUUCAUCCUUAGUUUCCCCACCAUCUGUGUCGGCUUCGUAAAGUCAUUUAUGGUCUUAAACAAGCACCUCGUGCUUGGUUUAACCGUUUUGGUAGUUUUCUUCUCUCUCAUGGUUUUACUUGCAGACGGUCUGAUAAUUCUUUAUUUAUUUUUUGGCGUAAUUCUGAUAUUAUUUACCUGCUACUAUAUGUUGAUGAUAUCAUUGUUACAGGUAAUUCUCUUAAACUAGUUACUCAUUUUUUAUCUCUCCUGAAUAAAUGUUUUCCAUGAAGGACUUAAGUGAUUUACAUUAUUUCCUUGGCAUUCAUGUUUCUCGUACUCCUUAUGGUCUGUUUCUAUCUCAGCAAAAAUAUAUAUUUGAUCUUCUUCAUCAUUUUCAUUUACAUACUUUUAAACCUGUGCGCUAACCUCUUCCUAGUCGUACUAAACUUUCCCUUACUGAUGGAGAGCUCCUGGAUGAUGCCACAGAGUACAGACGUAUGCGUAUUUUCAGGUAUCUCUGGGGCACAUCCACUCAUGGUCUCCUCUUACAGUCUUCACGUGGCUCUACCGAGAUCAUUGCUUAUUCUGAUGCUGAUUGGGUUGGAUGUCCUGACACAGAAGCAGCCUACUGUCUCUCGCUCUUCCACAGAAGCUGAAUACCAAGCCAUAGCUUACACAGUUCAGGAUACUCUUCACAUACGAUCAGUGUUGUUCGAAUUGGGAUUUCCUGUUCGCGUUCCGACUACUCUGUACUGUGAUAAUGUAUCUGCUUCAUAUCUGUCUGUUAAUCUCGUCCAGCAUGCCAGGAGUAAACAUAUUAAUAUUGACUACCAUUUUGUUCGUGAACGAGUUGCUCGUGGUGAUCUUCGGAUUAAGUAUGUUCCUACACAGGCUCAGCUAGCAGAUAUUUUUACUAAGUGUUUGUCCCCACAACGUUUCACUCUUCUUCGUGACAAUAUGCGCAUUGUUUCCCCUGCACAGCUUGAGGGAGUGUGAUAGAGUAGAUUUAUUAUUAUUUAUUAUUGUAGAACUCAUAUUGUAAUAUUGAACUCUUUCUAUUAUAAAUAUAUCUGUCAGGGUUACCAUUAAGGUUAAACCUGAUAUUAUUUUGCACAGUGGUCAUGAAGUAGAUGCUAAGGGAGUGUUUGCAACUGCUUAAAAAAAAGCACUUCUCAGCUUUUGGCUUUAAAAAGCACUUAUUUACCAAACACUACCAAUUUUUAUUUUUUCUCGGCUUGCGUGUGAAAAGUGCUUUUCCCUUUUCUAUUACACAAAAAGCACUUAUUUUACCAAACACUACCAACUUUUAC